AUGAAACCGGGAAAAUAUGAGGAUUCGUUUAAAGAAGAAGAGCGGAUAGUGCGCGAUUAUUUACUUGGAGAUGAGAAGGAAGAGACAUGUCAACUAGAAUCUCAGCAUGAGAAACCACGGAUAACACGGUCCGGACAAGGCUUCCGAAACAAAUGGAUAGAUAGGCUACUAUUUGGCCUGUUGGUAUUCUGGGUUUAUAUGUUCUUACCAUAUGGUAAAGAAACAUUCAAUGAAGAUACUGUACUUGGUGAGGAUACUUGGUCUUGGGAAUCGAUCAAGCCAAACUCCGAAUUAGUUUGGCAUCAAUGCUUUGAUGAGUUUGAUUGUGCAAGAUUAGAGGUACCACUAGAUUGGCUAGAGGCUACAAAUUCAUCAAAAGUUGUUUUGGCCGUCUUGAGGAAAAAUGCAACAUCAAAGGUGGAUUAUAAGGGUCCGCUGUUCGUAAAUCCAGGAGGACCUGGAGGAUCCGGUGUAGGCACCGUGAAAGACUUUUGGAAAGCUGUUCAUAUUACUGUUGGAGCCAACCACGAUAUUAUUGGAUUCGACCCUCGUGGAAUUGGCGCCACCACCCCUUCCGCUCAUUGUUGGAAUGGACCGCGAGAGGAAAGAAUUUGGGGCAUUCAAAAACUCGGACUUGUCGAUUCACAUCCAGGAAUGAUUUAUGAUCUUUAUGCACAUCAAAGUGUCGAGUCUAAGAAUUGUGAAGCUAAUCUUGGUGAUCUAUCACGAUUUCUGGGAACGGCUUCUGUAGCAAGAGAUAUGUUAGAGAUACUAAACAAGCUCGGAUACGAAAAAUUGAGAUAUUGGGGUCUAAGUUAUGGCACAGUAAUCGGAGGUACCUUUGCAGCCAUGUAUCCCGAUAAGGUUGAGCGUCUCGUUAGUGACGGAAACGUCAAUUACUCAGAAUGGUACAAUGGAACCGGAAUCCAUUUUAUCGAAGAUACGGACAAAGUAAUGCUAGCUUUUUUUGACUUGUGUCAUAAGGCGGGUCCCCAAAAAUGUGCGCUCUAUGCCUCAACGCCUAUAGCAAUCCAAGAACGACUCGAAGGUAUCUAUACCAAGCUUCGAAAAUACCCAUUGCAAGUCUUCCCUACCACAAACAACACAAUGAAGUUACAGUUAUUAGGAAUCACUCGACCAAAAGUUCUCACUUGUUCGGACGUGAAGAAUGCAGUAAUCUACUCACUCUAUCAACCCUUAGCAUUAUUUCCUCACUUGGCCAAAGCUUUAGCUGCGCUAGAAGCUGAUGAUGGUAUACCCUUCUUGAAAAUGGCUAUAGCUCAAGGACACAUACAACCAAGUUUUACAUGUAGUUGUGAUUCCCCUGACUGCGAAGAGGGAUCCGGAUGGCCUCUAAAAGCAAUUGGAAAUGGCGACGCAGCAACAUAUGUGAAAUGCGGAGAAGGUGAUGCCGACGUGGAUAAAGAUAGUUUGGAGGUUAUGAUAAAAUACGAAGAAGAGUUACGAAGAAAAAGCCCACUAUCCGCAUCGGUUAUGUUCAAUAUUCGCCUAUCGUGCGCGGGCUGGAAGUCAAGAACAAAAUGGAAUUUCAUUGGCCCAUUUGAGCAAAAUACCAGUCAUCCAAUCCUCUUCAUCGGUAAUUCAGCAGACAACAUCACACCACUAGGAAGUGCAAUCUACAAUUCACACUUCUUCCCCGGUUCUUCUGUUCUAGUACAGAACUCCUAUGGUCAUACAUCGGCAUCUUGUCCUUCAAAAUGUACAGCAAAACAUCGACUUGCGUAUUUUCAAGAUGGUAUUCUCCCGUCAAAUGGUACAGUAUGCGAGCCUGAUUUUAUACCGUUUGGAAUUGAGGCUGAAGGUAUGGAUUCGCAAAGCGAUGGGGAUGAGGAGUUGGAGUGGGCGUUGAGAGAAUUGAUGAAGUUGUUGUAG